AUGUUACUCGUGCUUCUACUAUUGUGCAUGCCUUUGCUGCUUGGCUCCCGCACGCAGCCGCUGGACGCGAGCUGCGCGCCGGCGGCGUGCGGCGACCUGACCAUCACAUGCCUGUUCUGGCUGCUCGGCCACCACGAACCGAGCUGCGGCUACCCAACCUUCGGUAUCACGUGCGACGACCCCACCGGCGCCACGGUGCCCUCCCUCAGCAAGUCCUACCUCCGCCUCCUCGGCAUCCGCUACGGCAACCGCUCCGUGGUGGCCUUCCACAGCGGCCUCGUCGCCGGCAGCGAUGACCCCUGCCGCGCGACGCGGUUCAACGUGUGCAACAGCCUCGCACUCUCGCCGCUGGCCGUCAGCGGCGCCAAUUGGGAGCUCUUCUUCUGCAACAACUGCUCGCGUGCGCCGCCGCCGCCCGUAGGGGCACUCUGGUUGCCCAACAACUGCUCCAGCACCACCGACGCCUGGUCCGUGCACAUAGGGCGGAGGUACGAGACCCGGCCGGUGGGGCCGGCGGAGUGCAAGUACUCGGUCGUCCCGGUGCUGCCCGGCUCGGAGCUGCGGGCGUGGGACAACUACGUGGGGAUCGUCGGGCGCGGGUUCCUGCUGGAGUGGAUGGUGCCCGGGGACUGCGCUGGUAUGAAGCCGGCGCCAACGCCCUAUGUAAACAAUUUGGCAUCUUUCAGGGUUUGUUUGCUAUAUUUAAGCCAUUUAGUGCAUUUCUAG